CAGCACAUGGUGCAAGCCGGUGUUGCGCCAUAUCCUGGUGCACCGACUGGAUAUCCACCCGCAGCAGCGCAAGUAGGAGCCACUGCUGCAGAUAGCUUACCAAUAGCCGUAACUGUCAAAGCAGAACCAGUAGCACAGAUGAAAGCAGAUGUUGGAGUUGCAUCCGGCGCUGCUACCACAGCAGCAGCAGCAGCUGCAGCCGCUCAAAUGUACAUGCAACAAAAGAAGACAAAUCUGCCAACACAAACACAAUAUAAUGGCGCCACAAACACACAUGCAGUAGCAACAGCAGCAGCGUCUACAGUUACUACCGCUCCAACAGUAUUAGGCAUUCCUGCGCAACAACACAAUGGCGGCUUGGCCAUUGCAUUGACAAAUGGUCUGACGAAUGGCAUUGAACACCAACAAAAACAGCAAGCGCAGGCACAACAACAACAACAGCAGCAGCAGCAACAGCAACAAAAUGUUGUUAGCAUAUCUUCAGUAUUGAUUAAGAACGAAUCGGAAAUUAUUGGCCAACAGUCCAGUUCAACUACUGCUGGUGGUGGUGUUGGUGGCGGUGGUGGCACAGUUACAAUGGCAAAUACAUCCUCCACAUCACCAGUUGCAGUCUCAUCUACUGCAUCUUCAAACAUCAUAACAAGCCAAAGUCAAUCAGUUAAUGGCACAAUAACCGCAAAUUCGGGUGCUUUGACUGAUUUAACUAAUAAUACGUCACCAAAUGGUAUUGUCACUUCGAGUUCAGCUGUAAUUUCAAAUGAAUUACUUUCGUCAACACAACAACAACAGCAACAGCAACAGAUACUUGGUAUUAGUCAACCAAGUGGUACUGCAGCGACUUCAGUAACAACCACCUCAGCUGCCACUGGUGUAUUGGCUGCAACCAGCACUGCUGGUUCUGGUUUAUUACCUACAGUAAUUUCGGCUUCCUCGACAGACUCAGCAGCAAUUGUGCCAUCAAUAGUUAGCGGUAUACCCGGAACUGCUUCAAGUACAUCACAGGUUAUUGCUUGUCUUAAUGCUGCCACAGGCGUUAGUGGUAUUAUGACUUCCACUGUACAAACCACACCUGUAGCUACUAGUCUAACGUCCGCUCUAGUCCAACAACAACAACAACAGCAGCAAGCUGUACUCGAUGCCAAAAACCAACCCAAACGUCUGCACGUUUCAAAUAUACCGUUCCGGUUCCGAGAUCCUGAUUUACGUGCCAUGUUUGGACAAUUUGGCACCAUUUUAGAUGUGGAAAUUAUAUUCAAUGAGCGAGGUAGCAAGGGAUUUGGGUUUGUAACAUUCGCUAACAGCAACGAUGCAGAACGAGCACGCGAACGUCUACAUGGCACUGUGGUUGAGGGACGCAAAAUAGAGGUGAACAACGCCACCGCACGUGUACAAACAAAAAAAGUGACUACAGUUCCCAACGUUGUAUUGACAAAAGACGGUGCUAUACCAGCUCCAGCUCUAGUGUGUGUACAAUGGCCAGAAGCAGCUGUCGCCGCCGCAGCAGCAAUGCGUGGAGUAGCCAUACAACGUGGACAUGUGGGUGUAAUGGGUGCCGCUGGCCCCUUCAAUCCAGCACUUGCAGCAGCUGCUGCCGUCGCUCAGCAGCAACAACAGCGUCACGCUGCAGCCGUUGCAGCAGCUCAAGCUCAAGUUCAAGCGCAACAUCAGCAACAUCAGAUUGGUCUGCAGCAGGCUCUGCAGGUUCAGCAGGUGCAGCCAACUGCCACCGGUGCCAUACAACCAACUGCACAGCAACAAUUGCAAACACUAGCACAGUCCGCCGCGAAUGCACCAAAUGCAGCAUCAACAGCUGCGGCUGCCGGUGCUGCAUAUGCUGCACGCCUCGCACCGGCAAAUGCAGCUGCUGUUGCAGCCGGUACCGCUUUGCAUGGAUAUGCACCUGUUUACUACGAUCCUUUCUUAGCAGCCGCUGCAGCUACGGCUGAUCCCAAUCUACGCUUCCAGGCAGCCAAACCGGUCACUGAAGUUCCAGCAGCACAGCCAGCAGCUAUUUUAAAUCGCCGCACUGUGACAACGCUUCACAACAGUUCACCUCAUACGAUCAACCGCAUCCCGGUACCACAAAAUGUUUUGGCCACAGCUCCACUGCUAAAGACGCCUUUGUCACAAGCUCAGCAAGCAGCAUACGCAACCGCUGCUACCACAUAUACAGCAGUAGCCGCUAGAGCGGCUUAUGGUGCAGCUGCUGCAGCAGCAGCUCAACCUACAUUGGCCGGAUAUGCCACAGUCGCGGGUUAUGCAAGAGAAUAUGCGGACCCAUAUCUCGGACACGGCAUUGGACCAGUACCUGGUUAUGGGGCUACAAUGUACCGAGGUGGUUUCAACAGAUUUACGCCAUAUUAACUUGUUACUCGAGUCAUUUAAUAUAAUAAAUCAAAAACAGUUGAACAAAAUCAUCAUUAUUAUUAAGACAACAACAAGUAACCUGUUACUAAUACUCUGCUCUUGCAUAUUUGCUCAAUGUGAAAGACGAAUCCUGUAAUUCUUCAACAAGUUAACGAACAACUUCAACUUCAAAUACUCAAAAUUGUGAAUGAAACGAUGAGAUUAAAUCAAAUUCAAAACUUUGAUUAGAAACUUACAAUUUUCUUAUAAAAGAAAACAAUUUAAAGCGUAGAUGUUCAAUUUAAUGUCGUCCAGCAACAAAAAAAAUUAAAUUAGAAAUAAAAUUUAGCAAUAAAAUGGAAAAUAUAUAA